UACAUGGAAAAUACAGAAAAAGAAUUGAUUGAAGCCGCGCUCGAUGUGCGGACGCGAGCUUAUGCGCCUUAUUCAAAUUUCAAGGUCGGCGCGGCUUUGCGAACGAAAAGCGGAAAAAUUUACACGGGUUGUAAUGUCGAAUCGGCAAGCUACGGCUUAACGGUUUGCGCCGAACGCGUCGCCAUCUGGAAAGCGGUUUCCGAAGGCGAAAAGGAAUUCACGGAAAUCGCCGUCGUCGCCGACACGCAGGAAUUAACGCCGCCGUGCGGCGUCUGCCGUCAGAUAAUCUGGGAAUUUUGCGGCGACGUUCCCGUA